CAGAACUCAUUCUUCCAGGGAUACAGGUUGUGACCUGGGCUGUAAGGAUAGCGGUCUCCCAUUGCAUGACGUUAAUUUACUGUUUCUUGAGAAGAUUCUCUCUAACAAAAGAAGGCUUUCCCACCGAAGUCUACGUGACGUUGGGUAUGGUGUGUUUCUUUUGGUGGAUUGCCCCAAAUUCAGGUCUUUGAAAGGAGGCUCCGGGCGUAUUUCCGGUGGCCUGGAGGCAAUGGGAGAGAGUAGAUGAGCUGAAACAUCCUGUUACUGUCCAGUCGCAUCCACUGAUCCUGCAGCCAGUGCACCGAGCGCUCGAACGGGAUGGUAAUGUUAUAGACUGCCAGCUCUCAGCGCAAUGGCUGUGGACGCGGCUUCUCAUUUCAGCUUUUGCCGAAAUGCUCUAGAACAAAGUCAGUCAACAGAUGAUCUAAACUGCAGGCUGCAAGAUGAUGCCGAAAAUCUUCCUUGGAAUGAUGGGAGAGGGCAACGGACAGCUGGAGGCAGGAACAUAAAACUGUUACAGCAGCCAGGAACGGAAAAUAUUCAGAUCGGAACCAAUGAUGGAUACUGUAGUUUUCACACAAGUCCUACGUUUACAAGACACACUAAACCUGUGGUACUGUGGACCCAGCAAGAUGUUUGUAAAUGGUUAAAGAAACACUGUCCGCAUAAUUAUCUUACCUAUGUGGAGGCAUUCUCACACCACGCUAUAACAGGUCGGGCAUUACUCAGGCUAAAUGGUGAAAAGCUUGAACGAAUGGGAAUAGUUCAAGAGGGGCAAAGACAAGAGGUACUUCAGCAGGUACUUCAGCUGCAGGUACGCGAGGAAGUGCGAAACCUACAACUACUUAAACAAGCUUCAUUUGAUAAUGGCUCCUAGCUGACAUCUCCUUUGGCAGUUUGCUGUGACAGAGUGGACCUCCUAUACCACUGGGAUGAAUCCAUGGAAUGUAGAUAUGACACGAAUCCUGCAGUGAAUUAAUGUAGUCAUUCUGCAGCAGAGGAACUCAGUCUAAGCUGAAAUUCUAAGCUCCGUGGUAAUCUACUUAAUCAGCUUUCAGGCUAAAAAAAACACUAAAAUCUUUCUUUUAUAAUUUUGUAAAUCAAGUAAAAAAAUUAAGUCAAGUGAUAACAGUGAUUGAAUGGUGCUACAAUUUACUAUAUUGCUACUUCAUUCUACACCUAUUGAUUUUAUUAAUUUGUUGUAACACUAGAAAAUAGCAGGGAACUUAUCAUUAAUAUUGCAAUACCAAGAAAUGUAAGUAUUCUUGAUAUGUAUGGGUUAGACCCUUUCGGGCUGCUCCAGGCUUCACCUUAAUUAACAAUGUUAAGCAAGUGAUUUCAAUUUACCCCUGCAUCUUUAUCUGUUGAUAAAUAUAAAACACUGACUAGUGAAAUGAAUUUCUGGAAUGAAAAAUCUCAUACUUAAUACUAAAUUAAAAUAAGAAUUUAUUUGCAGCUGCAUUUACCUAAUUACCUCUUUCAUUUGAAUCCAAAUAAAAUUACAGUAGUUUAGGUUGAACUAUAACAUUAUGGUUAACUGAAGUACAAUUAUUCCUCCAAUGGAACAGGAAUAGGCUAUUUAGCCCAUGUGGAUGUUUGAAAUGAAGUAUCAAUCCAGAGGCAACAUGACUAUAUGUCUUCAUAGAAAUUAAAGAUUAAAAUAUUUAAAGAAAAGUAAGAAUUUUAUAAUUGAAUAAACUGUUUUCAUUGAUUGGAUAAGAUUUCUUCACAAACAAAUAGAUGUUCUAUUGACACAUUAGCAUGGUAUGCGAAUACAGAUGAAGAGUGAUCUUUAUGUGUGAACAUUUUUAUUCAAGUCACUGGUGUGGCAAUGCAAAUAUUUUCAGAACAGGUUGUGCAUUGGGAAACUUUAGCAAAAUAAAAGGAAUUCCCUGUUUCAGUUUCCAGCCCAAUUUGAGCACUUUUAAGAAAUCAAUUCAAUAGAGACUCAUUUUGUGAAAUGUCUGAUAUUUUUUACAGUUGUCUCUGCCUGUAUAUUAUGCUUGUUUUUCAUUAUACAAAAGAAAAAAAAAUCCAAAAGUAGCUCUGGACAGUUGUACUGUAGGCAUGCACUUGUGACUGAGAUGCUGCCGGUAUAGAUUUGUAAUUCUUAUAUUUUACUCAUUACUGCAAGUUAUUUGUGAAAAAAGAUUUAAAUAGUAGCUAAACCUGUAGUAUAGCUUGUGCUGCUUAGAAGGGUAACUCUUGAAAAUUAUUAUGCACCAUAAUAGUCAAUGAACGCUAUUAAAACAAAUACCAUUCACUGUGUACUAUAGACAGUAGCAUUGCUUGAAAUGGACAAGGUCCAUCGAAACAAUUGAUUUUAAAUGCAGUUAGUGGUAAAUCCAUGAUCACACUCAGAAGCACAGUCACAUUCAAAGAGAGUGCUGGUUGGAGUUGGGACUCCCAUAUCACACCCUGCAAACAUGACUCCUUGUUGAGAUCAAAGAAUCAACCUUUAUCUGAUCACGCUGUAUAACCUUUUAGGACUUUCAUAGAAUUCUCGUGAUUUUCUGCUGUUCUUUAAAAGAGUUCAAGAAGUAUGCUCCUGUCGACAAUAGCAUCCCGCCGAACUUGUUUAAGUGAUGUUUAAUAUGCAUUUUUUGUGUUAAACUUUACAUACUAUAUUCUAUAAGUAUAGCUCACUAUACAUCAUUCUCUUCCUGCUAACUCUGCUGCGGUAUCCUGCAUUGGAAUUCAAACAAAUUGAAGUGGAAUAAAUUUUUAAAACUCAUAAAACUAACAUUUUCAAGAGAUUGAGUAACAUCAUAAGAGUUAGCUGAUGCCUUUUGCCCAGAUUCAAAUUUUAAAAGCAUUAAAGAUAAUAAUUAUAACAGUUUAAGAUUAAUAAAGAAGAAACCCCUGAGGACAGCAUCCUUAUCUUAUAAUUAACAUGAAUGGUAGCCAAUUCAGUGUACUUGCUUAUACUCGUCAGAGCAGCUUCAAGUCCCACCUUUUGUGACAAGACAAAAACCUUCUCUCUCUGUUAAGAACUAUUUUUCAAAUUAAUUUAGGAAUCUAACCCAAUUUCACCAUGCCUCUGAGUACACAGCACAAAAUUGCUCAUAGUUUAGUUCUUCAGGAUGAGAGGCUGAGCUGUCAAAACACAGCUUUACUAGAUUAGAAUGCAAGUUGGAGCUGUGAAACAUGCUCCUGCCUAUUCUGAUGACAACCUUACUGAAUUUGCAUUUUGUUAAGUGUAGAUAUGCAAUACAAAUCAUCUCCAUAUCAUCAGUAGGCAAAAGAAUCUGCUGUCAAAAUGUAUCUCAGCCAGUGACUUACAAUGGGUGGUAUUGGAUUAGCUGCCGACAUAGAAGCAUGAGGUGAUGAAUUUUGGUAAGAGGAACAUUGAAAAUUAACAUAAAUAGAAGAUACAAUUCUCAAGGGGAUGCUGAAGCAGAGGGACCUGGAUAAUUAUGUAUUCAGAUCAUUGAAGAUAGCAGAGCAGUUAGAAAGAGCACAAAGCAAACUAUGCAGUAACCUUGGCUGUAUUAAUAGAGGCAUGGAUUACAAGAACAAGGGAGUGAUUUUGAACUUGUAAAUGAUACUUGUUAGACCUCAUUUAGAGUACUGUAAAGUUCUGGGUGCCACUUAUAGGAAAGAUGUCAGAGAGAAUGCAGAAGCUUUUACACAAUGGUUACAGAGAUGAAAAUCUUCAUUAAGGAGUAUAGAAUGAAGAAGUUGUGACUGUGCUUCUUGGAAAGAUGAAGGCUAGGAGGAGAUAUGUUGAGGUUUUCAAAGUGGCUGUAUAGAGUACACAGAGAGAAAACUGUUCACGCUUGUAAAGAGGAAGAAUGAGAUGUCAUAUAUUUAAAAUCAUUUGCAAAAGAAGCAAGGGUGAUAUGAGAUCGAGAAAAAAUCCAUUCAGUGAGUAGCUAGGCUACGAAGUGUGCUACUUGGAAGUGUUGUUGAAGCAGGUUCAAUUGAGGCAUUCAAGAGAAUAUUGGAUGAUUAUCUGCAUUAAAGCAAUGUGCAAGGACUUUGGGAAAUUGGAGGAGAUUUCACUAGGUAAUGAUGUUCAUUUGAAGAGCCAUUAUUGGGAUGAUGAACUGAGUGGCUUCCUUCUGCAUCAUCCAACUUCUGUGAUUCUGUGAUAACACAUUUUCCAUUGACUACAAUGGAAAUAAGCAUCAGUUACUCCUUACAGAAGCAGCCAAUCUGAUAUUGUCCACUUUGUAUCACACAUGCAAUAAAAAACUGAUAUGAGACGACAGCUCAGACUGGAAAGCACAUGAUAAAUGCAAUUAACUUAGUUGAACAGUACACAGAGAAAACAAUGUAAUUAUAGUAAUUACAAGGUUUUCUAGGCAUUUUGAACCGUCUUAACCAAAAAGAUGCCCUUCCUGAGAUAAGGAUCAAUUUGAAAAUGAACUUGAAAUGCAAUUGCUUAUUUCAUGUGCAGCUCCUUUCUCAAUGAAUUCCUGAAUCUAGACUCACAAUCUUGAUAGCUCCCAACCGACUGCUGCCUUCAUAAUUUACCACCAAAACUCCAAAAUAUAGAACAGAUGUCAUUAAAAAUAUAUCACUUAUAACUAGAGUUGGUAGUUACAGAAUUUAGAAAUCUUUACUUACACAAAUGGAGUUACCAAAAAUUGUUUUCAGUAUUCCCACAAAAUGGUUGUGUUUGAAUUUGAAACCAUUUAUUUGAUUAAUACAAACUAAAACAAAGGCUUGGUCACUGUUCAAACAUGAUGGCAGCAAUCAAUCCAUAUAUAUCAAUGCCUUCCUGUCAUAACUUUGCAUUACUCUGAGCUGUGCAUAUCAGCCUUUUUGGAUGUAUUUCUACAUCUUGGCAUAGAAAGUAUUACCCUUGUGUCAACUGUAUCUACGAAAAACAAAUCCAAUAGAGGAUUCACUGCAAACAAUAAAAUCUUUUUUUUGUCACAGUUCUGGAAAAUUUAAACAGGAUAAACGAGUGAAUAAAUAAAUAUUUGUAAAUCUGAAUUUCAAGGGCUAAACAUAAUGAGCUUCAUUUGGAUAUCCUGAUUGAAGGGUUACUUUGCUCUACCUAUUAAGGUAUUCAGAUAUUUUUAAUCAAUCAAAAAACAAAAUGCUUCCACUGCAAGUCACAUAACCCUGAGGAGGAACAAUAGAUUGUGUAUAAUCUUAAACAGUAUACAAUUACAUUAGUAGAAGUACUGUCAUCAUUCCAAAAUAAAAAAAGGGUAAAAUUAGAGCAGCAAUCCAAAUUUACAUGUGGAAGUUACUUUCUUGGCUAAAUUUGAAAUCUUUGAGGAGAAAGUGAGGUCUGCAGAUGCUGGAGAUCAGAGCUGGAAAUGUGUUGCUGGAAAG